AGGGCAAUAAUACUUACUAUAUAUCCGCCCCAAAGUGACUUAUUUUGAACCCACCUUAUUACCUCAUAUUUUACCCUGUUGUACUACACCAUGGAAAGCCUAAGAGACUGUACCACCAGUUCUUCAACCACCUCUGCCCCUGCCUUCCACACACUUAGACAAGCACGUCGCGCUGCCUUGAACCGAGUAUUUGCAGCAGUUUAUUCAUGUGCCAUCUUAGCUUUGCUCUAUCACCAUGCACUCAAACUCAUCCACUCAACCAGCUUGGCAUCCUUCUUUAUCUCCCUCUCCUUGUUCAUCUCUGAUAUUUUCCUUGCCUUCAUGUGGGUUAACCGGCAGAGUUUUCGAAUGAAUCAAGUUUAUCGAAGUGAGUUUCCUGAAAAACUCAAAGAGGUCGUGAAUGAAUCUGACUUUCCUGCACUGGACGUGUUCAUAUGCACCGCAGAUCCGUACAAGGAGCCACCAAUGAGCUUGGUGAACACUGCCUUAUCUGUGAUUGCCUAUGAAUAUCCAGCAGAGAAGGUCUCGGUGUAUAUUUCAGAUGAUGGGGGCUCUCAGAUGACUCUCUUUGCUCUUAUGGAAGCUGCAAAAUUUGCAAGCCACUGGUUACCAUUUUGUAGAAAAAAUAAUUUGGUAGACAGGAGCCCAGAUGCUUAUUUUGCAUCAAAUCACACUCCGUGCUCUGAGACCGAGAAGAUCGAGAUAAUGUAUGAAAGCAUGAAAAUCAAGGUAGAUAAUGUUCUUGAAAGGGGAAAAGUUGACGAAGAUUAUAUCAUUGGAGAAGAAGAGCGCACUGCUUUCACCAAAUGGACAAAUGAAUUUACUCGCCAAGAUCAUCCCCCUGUCAUUCAGGUCUUGUUAGACAAUAGUAAAGACAAAGACAUCUCAGGCCAUUUGAUGCCAAGCCUCAUCUAUGUCGCUAGAGAAAAGAGCAGGACUUCACCCCACCAUUUUAAGGCUGGGGCCCUUAAUGCCCUGGUUCGAGUGUCAGCUAUAAUGACCAAUGCACCCAUUAUUUUGACCUUGGAUUGUGACAUGUACUCCAAUGAUCCACAAACACCUAUCCGUGUGUUGUGUUACUUAUCAGAUCCUAAAAUUCUGUCUACACUAGGAUACAUUCAAUUUCCUCAAAAAUUUCAUGGACUCAAUGAAAACGAUAUUUAUGCUUGUGAGUAUAAAUACUUGUUUAUAGCUAAUCCAGCAGGAUUGGAUGGAUUAUCUGGUCCUAAUUAUGUAGGAUCUGGAUGUUUUUUUCGUCGACGUGCCUUAUUUGGAGGUCCAUUAACUAUGAUUUCACCAGAAAUCCCUGAAUUAAACCCACAUCAUGUUGUGGACAAGCACAUCCAGUCGCAACCAAUUUUGGAACUGGCACACAAAGUAGCAGGGUGCAAUUAUGAGAAUAACACAAGUUGGGGCUAUAAGAAUGGCUUCAAAUAUGGUUCAUUGGUCGAGGACUACUUUACGGGUUAUAGGCUACAAGGUGAGGGAUGGAAGGCCAUAUUUUGCAAUCCUAAGAGGCCAGCGUUUUUGGGAGACGUACCAAUCAGCCUUGUGGAUGGUUUGAAUCAAUGCAAACGAUGGGCCAUUGGUCUACUUGAGGUGGUCUUCUCGAAAUAUAACCCCAUGAUAUUCGGCACCAGGAACAUAGGCCUUCUUAUGGGCCUUGGCUAUGCACAUUAUUCAUUUUGGCCCAGUUGGUCAAUUCCAACCACCAUAUAUGCCUUCAUCCCCCAGCUUGCUCUCCUCAAUGGAGUCAGUAUUUUCCCAAAGGUAUCAGAACCAUGGUUUUUCUUAUACGGGUUUCUUUUCCUUGGAGCUUAUGGGCAACAUCUUCUUGAAUUUGUCUUAGAGGGAGGUACAAUUCAAAGGUGGUGGAAUGAUCAGAGGAUGUGGAUGAUAAGAGGACUCUCAUGCUUUUUGUUUGGAUCCCUUGAGUACUUACUCAAGCAUUUAGGCAUUUCCACAACGGGUUUCAACUUGACUAGCAAAGUAGUUGAUGAUGAACAAAGCAAAAGAUAUGAACAAGGGGUUUUUGAUUUUGGAGUACCAUCACCUAUGUUUGUGCCACUAGUAAUGGCAGCAAUAAUCAACCUAGCCGCAUUAGUUCGAGGGCUCACAGAGGCUUUCGUGGGCAGAAAAUUGGAGGAGCUGUUUGUGCAAGUGUUCAUAGCAGGAUUUGUUGUUGUGAACUCCGCACCAAUUUAUGAAGCCAUGGUCUUGAGAAGUGAUAAAGGAAGGAUGCCAAAUAAAACAACUUCAUUUUCAAUAUUUCUAGCCUUGGCUCUUUAUGUGAUAUUUUCUCUUACUCUUAGGAAUUAAUUAAAAUUGGGAUCUCUGGUUUUAUUUACUCUGCACAAAUGUAUUAGUGCUAUUGAAAUAACUUAGCAAAUGGGAAAAAAAAAUUAUUGCUAUUGAAUGAGGUGAAAGCUUUACCAUUUUUUUUUAUAAGAAUGAAACUUUUCAACUUUGUGUUA